GCCGCCCCGCGUGCUCGUCUGGGGCUCCCUCUGGUCGACUGAGGGCGUGCGGGAGGCGCCAAGCUGCGGAGGCCAUGACGCCAAGACAUUAUCUCCUUUUGCUGGUAGGCUGCCAGGCCUGGGCUGCAGGGCUGGCCUACUAUGGCUGCCCUAGUGAGUGCACCUGCUCCAGGGCCUCCCAGGUGGAGUGCACGGGGGCGCGCAUCGUGGCGGUGCCCACCCCUCUACCCUGGAACGCCAUGAGCCUGCAGAUCCUCAACACGCACAUCACAGAGCUCAACGAGUCCCCGUUCCUCAACAUCUCCGCCCUCAUCGCCCUGAGGAUCGAAAAGAACGAGCUAUCGCACAUCAUGCCGGGGGCCUUCCGCAACCUGGGCUCGCUGCGCUACCUCAGCCUCGCCAACAACAAGCUUCAGGUUCUGCCCGUUGGCCUCUUCCAGGGCCUCGACAACCUCGAAUCACUCCUCUUGUCCAGUAACCAGCUGGUGCAGAUUCAGCCGGCCCACUUCUCCCAGUUCAGCAACCUGAAGGAGUUGCAGCUGCAUGGCAACCACCUGGAAUACGUCCCCGAUGGCGUCUUUGACCACCUGGUGGGGCUCACCAAGCUCAACCUGGGCAAGAACAGCCUCACCCACCUGUCGCCCAGGGUCUUCCAGCACCUGGGCAACCUGCAGGUGCUCCGGCUAUAUGAGAACAGGCUCUCGGACAUCCCCAUGGGCACUUUCGAUGGCCUGGGCAACCUGCAGGAGCUGGCCCUCCAGCAGAACCAGAUCGGGACGCUGUCCCCCGGCCUCUUUCAUAACAACCGUAACCUGCAGAGGCUCUACCUGUCCAACAACCACAUCUCGCAGCUGCCCCCCGGCAUCUUCAUGCAGCUGCCCCAGCUCAACCGCCUCACCCUCUUCGGGAAUUCCCUGAAGGAGCUGUCUCCGGGCAUCUUCGGGCCCAUGCACAACCUGCGGGAGCUCUGGCUGUACGACAACCACAUCGCUUCUCUCCCCGACAACGUCUUCAGCAACCUCCGCUCGUUGCAGGUCCUCAUCCUUAGCCGCAACCAGAUCAGCUUCAUCUCACCGGGCGCCUUCAACGGGCUCUCGGAGCUGCGAGAGCUGUCCCUGCACACCAACGCGCUGCAGGACCUGGACGGCAAUGUCUUCCGCAUGUUGGCCAACCUGCAGAACAUCUCCCUGCAGAACAACCGCCUCCGACAGCUCCCGGGCAACAUCUUCGCCAAUGUCAACGGCCUCAUGACCAUCCAGCUGCAGAACAACCAGCUGGAGAACCUGCCCCUGGGCAUCUUCGACCACCUGGGGAACCUGUGUGAGCUGCGGCUCUACGACAAUCCCUGGAGAUGCGACUCAGGCAUCCUGCCUCUCCGCAACUGGCUCCUGCUCAACAAGCCCAGGUUAGGGACCGACACCCUCCCAGUGUGUUCCAGCCCUGCCAAUGUCCGAGGCCAGUCCAUCGUCAUCGUCAACAUCAAUGCCGCGGCCCCCAGUGUCCAGGUCCCAGCCGUCCCUGAGGUGCCCAGCUACCCAGAAACCCCACGGUACCCUGACACACCCAGCUACCCUGACACACCCGGCUAUACUGACACAACAUUCAUCUCCUCCACCACUGAUUUCACCAGCCCCAUGGAAGACUACACGGAUCUGACCACCAUCGGAGCCACCGACGAACGCGGCACGUGGGGCAUGACCCGGGCCCAGAGCGGACUGGCCAUCGCCGCCAUCGUGAUCGGCGUCAUUGCCUUGGCCUGCUCCCUGGCAGCCUGCAUCUGCUGUUGCUGCUGUAAGAAGAGGAGCCAGGCGGUCCUGAUGCAAAUGAAGGCACCCAAUGAGUGUUAGGGAGGCUGGAGGCGGGGCUGGGGACUGGGGCCUCAGAGGGGCUCCAAAUUUCAUCCAUCUGCCUCCCCUGCCUGGUCCCUGGUGGCUGUGUCUGGGCCCUGGAGAAAGGUGCCUCCACCUUUUCCUGGUCUUCCUGGAGAGAAGCAGGUGUGGCAGGACCUUCUUCCCAGCAGGGAGCUCCACCUGGCCACGGCAAGA